AUGCCACGGAGCGAGCUGCCACUGCCUGAAGGCUGGGAGGAAGCCCGAGACUACGAUGGAAAAGUGUACUAUAUUGACCACAUCAACCAGUGCACAAGCUGGAUCGACCCUAGAGACAGGCACACGAAGCCUCUGACGUUUGCAGACUGCAUCGGGGACGAGUUGCCGGUGGGAUGGGAGGAGGCGUACGACCCCGUGGUGGGACCUUACUUUGUGGACCACAACUCAAAGAGCACGCAGCUGGAGGACCCUCGUGCCCAGUGGCAGAGGGAGCAGGAGGCCAUGUUGAAGGAGUAUCUGUCUGUGGCCCGCGAUGCUCUGAGCGCUCAGAGGGAGAUCUACGAGGUGAAGGAGCAGCGGCUGCGUCUGGCUCAGCAGGAGUACAGGCAGCUGAACGAGCAGUGGAGGGACAAGUCCUCCUCUCACACCAGCUUGAAUUCCAGAUCAUCCACUUCCAGUAAAUAUGACCCGGACAUCCUCAAAGCCGAGAUUGCAACCUCCAAGAGUCGAGUGAAUAAGCUGAAGCGAGACCUGGCCUGUAUGAAGCAGGAGCUCCAGUUUAAAGAGCAAGGCUUCGAGACCCUCAAAGAGAUUGAUCAGAAAGUAUCGAGUAGUUCGUACGGAUACAAGCUGCAGGAGGCUCAGGCCAUUCUGAGUGAAGUCCGCUCCAUCCGAGACGCCAUCAGCUCCGGAGAGAAGGAGAAGCAGGAGCUCAUGCAGAAACUGGCCAUGUUGAAGGAUGCGUUUCGUCUGGACUCUGGCUCUCAGCAGGAGCUCUGGGGCAGCUCUCCUUCUCUCUCCAACUCUGAGCUAUCCAUCAACCGUCUCUUCUCAGACGCCGGAUCACAGACGGACGAACCACCAGAGGUAAUGUCCAGCAACAACAAACUGGCUGAGAAAGUUCGUCUGAGUCUAAAAUAUGAAGAAGCCAAAAGAAGGAUCGCAAACAUCGAGGUGCAGAUCGCAAAGCUGGACAGUGAAGCGUGGCCCGGCCUGUUGGAUCCAGAGCGUGACCGCCUCAUCCUCAUCAACGAGAAAGAGGAGCUGCUGAAAGAGCUGCAGUUUGUGCGGCCGCGAGCGCGACUCGAGCCGAACGACGCAGAAAAACUAGAGACACAGAAGAAACGACUGGAGAGAGAUCUGCAAGCAGCACGGGACAACCAGAGCAAGGCCCUGACAGAGAGGUUGCGACUUCACUGUAAGAGGAACAAACUUGUCCAUGAGUUGGAGGAGAUGGUUCGACUCGCCUCGUCUCUGCACUCUCAGCUCAAAAGUCUCUCAGCGAGCACGCUCUCUUGCUCAUCCGGCAGCAGUCUCGGCUCGCUCACGUCGUCACGCGGAUCCCUGGCCACAACAUCCAGCCUGGGCUCCACUUCCUCGCUCAGCUACACAGACCUAUACCUGGACCAGCCUGAACUCCAAGACCCCGACUUCCAAAACAAACUAGACUUACUGCUCCAAGAGGGCGGCCAGUCGGGCUACAGACCCUCCAGCUCCAUCCCCACCAUCCACGAACACGAGGUUGUCACGACUUCAGCGGUGCAGGACGGGGAAAAAGCCCUGGACAAAACCGAAAACUCUGCUUUGAACCGCAUUCAAAAACUCUCAGAAACGCCAAAAUCCAUGACCUCGCUCUCCCCGCGGUCUUCCCUUUCGUCGCUCUCGCCUCCGUGUUCGCCGCUGGUCACAGAGGCAGGGUUUUUGUCCGGCGAAGCUUUCUCGGGACAAGCGGAGAAAGCGGCACUGGACUUGGAGCUGCACAAGAGGCUGCAGGAGCUGGAGAUGAGUUUGGGAACGGAGAAGAGGCGAGAGGAGCAGGACGGGGCUUCAGAAUACAAACAAGAGCCCAGAGGGGUGUUGAACGAAGAAGAUAAAGAAGUGGCGUCUGCGCUGACGGUUUCCGGGCAGAAGAAGAGCGGAGUGACGUCAGCCGUGUCGGACGAGUCUGUGGCUGGAGACAGCGGCGUUUAUGAACCCGCCCAUCGUAGGUCGGGGGUCCCAUCAGAGCUGGAGGAGCGCCUCUCGGUGGGCUGCCCUCAGGUCCAGAUCGGUCUGAAGUUUGAGUCCAGAGACCAGAGAUUCACUGUGUUAGUGACCCAGCUAUCCAACUGCAGUGCCCUCUGUCUGCCCCACGACCACAACAUUUACGUCCGUAUGGCGGUGCUGCCCUGUGUUGGGACCAGUCGCUGUCUGUUCAGAACUCGGGCUGCUUUGCCUCAAGAACUCACCGACUUUAACGAAGUGUUCGGGAUGCAGAUCUCCCAAAAUGCACUGCGGCAGAAAACACUACGAGUGGAUGUCUGCCACACCAGCACAAACGGACGCGAGAAAGUUUUGGCUGCAGCUCAGAUCAGUUUGGCAGAUCUCGGCAGUUCAGAGGAGAGAACCACUAAGUGGUACAACCUCCUGAGUCACUCUUUUGAACUGAACGCAAAAGACAAAGCGGACGCCACAACCGAUGUAGAUCAGAGCCAUGCAUCAAUGGAACGAAGAAAAGCUCCAAAGGAGGAGGAAUGGCCUGAUGAUACUUUGGGGGAAGACAUUUUUGAGGAUGAGGAUGAAGGCGGUGAGGAAGAGUUUUACCCUGAGGACGGUCCGUUAUCUGAGAUUGAAGCAGAGAAACCCGCCGCUCGACCUGCGCCCAGACCUCCCACCAGCAUCACUGAGAAGGUUAAUAAAGAAACCAGCGUGGAUGGUCUAUUCUCUCGUCCUGCGGUCCGGCCCAAAGAGCGGCGUCCUGACCUGCCCCAGACUCACACUCAGAGCGGGCAAAUGAGCUUCCUAAGGGGAAACACUAUCAUCCGCUCCAAAACCUUCUCCCCUGGACCCCAGAGCCAGUACAUCUGCAGGAUAAACCGCAGUGACAGUGACUCGUCCACUCUGUCGAAGAAAUCUCCUUUUGUGAGAAACGCCUCAGAGCGACGCAGCAUGAGAAUGAAGAAGCCCUCAGUGGUGGUGAAGCCUCUGGACGGUCUCCUCCGCACCUCUUUAGACCUUGAGCUGGACCUGCAGGUGACAAGGACGCGACAGGCCCGUCUGACCCAGGAGCUGCACGUCCUGAGGGAACUGAAGAGCCAGCUGGAGAAGGCGCGACUGGAGGGACAGAAAGAGCUCCCCCUGUGGGUGAGGGAGGACGAGCGCUUCAGACUGCUGCUGCAACAGGCUGAGAAACAGACUCGUGAGGAGCAGCUGCACGAGCAGAGAGUGGGGAAGAUGAUGAAGGCAGCAGCCAAAGAUGUCAACAAGAUGAGAGUCCAGAGCCGGAAAGAGGUCCCAGAGGUGCACACCUUCAGGGAGAAGAUGGCUUUCUUCACUCGAGCUAAAUCCACAAUCCCAGAUCUUCCUGCGGACGACGUUUGA